AUGUCCAUUUACCCGUACUUCCGCUCACCAAUCUCGCUUUUCAACGAAAUGAUGCGUGAUAUCGCGAGAAUGGAACGCCAGAUGAUUUCGCCUUUUUCCCGCGCCUUGCCUCGCUAUGACCCUGAAGCCACCAGUGAUACCCAGGUAAGUUGAUGGAAAUUUUAUCGAUGAUUCCCUUAGGUUUCCAUUCUUUCUAAUUUGAAAGUUUCACUGUUUCAUAAGCUUGUUUCAGGUAUUGAACGACAGUGAAAAGUUUGCGUUGAAGCUGAACGUCUCGGACUACAAGCCGGAGGAACUCAAGAUCAACCUCGACGGUCGGCAGCUCACUAUUGAAGGAGUUCAGGAAAUCAAAAAUGACGACGGCUUCUCAAAACGGUCUGUUUUUGUUAUGCUAGUGAGAGAUUGAAAAGUUCCUGGUUUGAGAUUUAAACCCAUUUUGAGAUUUAAACUUCAUUUUAAGAGCGUUUAUCUGAGAAAAAAAAGUUUCAAUUAUUUAUUUAUUCUUGAAAUUUUCUAUUAUUUAAGAUUUCUUCUUCUCAAAGCUUACUUUUGAAAGUUAUUUUAUCAUUUUAUUCAAUGAAAAGUAAAUAACAAUGUUUUUGCGGCUGGCUUCCUAAUUAUUUUUUUCUGAAAGAAAAGCUGUAAAAAAACUAUUUAACAUAUUAUUGUCCUUAGAGCAAACAAUUUUAAGCUGCGCAACUAUUUUUCAAUUAAAAUCCGCAGAAAAUUCUGGAAGAGGUUUUUCGGUCUUCAGGACGUUCUUGCGCACGGUGCUUCUGCCAGAAGACGUGAAUCUCUCGGAAGUUGUGUCUUCUCUGAGCCACGACGGUCAUCUCUCGGUCGAAGGUCCCAAGACGGAAGUCUCACGCGGUCGACCCAUUCCCAUCCAGACUGUCCAAGCCGCUCCUUCGGUUCAAAACAGCGCCGAAAAACCGUCGUUCGAUGA